GAAUUCCCCGACAGCCAUCACCACGGGCUGCAUGCCUGCAUAGCUGUCGGCUCGGCAGGCGCAGGCGCGACACCCCCUGCGCCCAUGGAUCGAUUAGCCUGGGACCUUUUCAAGCCCGAACAACCAGUAGCAAGCGCAGUAGAAAAGCAGCUAUACAUAUGGCUAGCUCUGCCUAGCUCCACCGCAAAGCCGAGCAGGAGCCAGGAGGGAGCUAGAAGAGGCUAAAGAAAGCGCUAGAAAGGAGAGGGAGCUGAGACUGAGAGGCCUGAGGGAGAGAGAGAGGGCGUCGGAUGGCGGAGGGGAAGAAGGCGAGGCCGAGGGAGGAGGAGCUCGUGGAGGCCGCGCUUGCGGCGGCGGCGGCGGCGCUGCUCGUGUCGGGCGUCAAGAGACUCGUGGCGCCGGCGGCCGCGCUCGCCGCGCCGUGGUGGUGGCCCGCGCCGCUCUCGGUGCCGCCGCCCGCGCUGUUCCUGCUCCUCAACGUCGUCAUCGCGUCCAUCGUCGUGGCGUCCGUGCAGCCGCGGCGAGGCGGCGCGUCGGCGUCGGCGGGCGCAGUCCACGCCCGGGAGGAUGCUGCGGCGGCGGCGCGUCCGGGAGACGGCGCGAAGAGGGUGAAGCGGAGGAGGAGCAAGAAGCGGACGGCGGCCGAGGCCGACGUUGCGGAUGGCCGCUGCAUGGCGCCGGUGGCCACGGACGGGCCGAUGGAGACGGGGGCGACGGUGGUGAUGGAGGAGGUGGCGGCGGAUGAGGAGGCGGCCGGCAACGCGGAGGAGGUGAACAAGCGGGCGGAGGAGUUCAUCUCGGCGUUCCGGCACCACCUCAGGGUCGACUCCUCCGGAUCCCGGCGAAGCAACGCUAGAACGGCACCAUGCUUUUGACCGGAAUGCACCGCGACACUGCGUGCAUUUUGUGUCGCAAACUUUCAAACAUAUGUUCCUAUCAUGGGUUUAAAGAACAUUUUGUCAGGAUUUGUUUUGUAUUCGGAGUUGCUAGGGCCCGGACAUCCGAUAAAAGUAUUUUAUCGGAUAUUCCGUU